AUGAUUUGUAUGACCUAUAAUCCACUCUCCGUUCAGUUUCUGUUGCACGGUACAAUUGCCUUCAUGGGUUCGCUUGUUGGACAAACACUACGGAGGAUAUCAACAACGAUUUCGUUGCUUAAUACUGGAACUACUGAUGCGGAACAACCAGGUGACCGCCCUCGAGGCGUAUGGAAUCUUGAUGAGAGACCUAGUUUGAAUAUGACCGAGGAGGAGUAUGCCGCCUACUAUGAAUAUUUUUGUCAUGGUAUUCACAAACUUCUCGAAAGCGGAGUUACACUCACCACCGAUUGUGAUUUGCGUGACAAUUCGCCGUCAUCCACGUGGUAUGAUAUUUUCUCUGCAUUAGACCCGAAAUAUUACCAUCAAUAUAAUUCGGGACCAGAAAUUUACAGUCGGAAGGUAUUUAUUGGUGGCUUGCCGAUUGAUAUUGAAGAAGAUGAACUUAUUGAAGCAUUCAAUCGCUUCGGUCCAUUAGGUGUGGACUGGCCAAAUAAAAACGAAUCGAAAUGCAACUACAAACCUAAAGGUUACGCGUUCCUUAUUUUUGAUCGCGAGGCUUCAGUACGAAAAUUAGUUGAGAGCUGCACAGUAGAUGAAGAGAAGCUGUUCUACUUAAUUAAUACUCCAUUUGACACGGAGAAAUCUUUGAUUUUAAACCAGAGAGUUCAAAUUCGUCCUUGGCGCUUAGCGGAUGCCGAUUAUUUGGUUGAUGUGAAUAUACCGAUAAAUCUUCGUCGAGUGGUUUUUGUUGGUGGAGUGCCGAGACCAAUCCGUGCAGUGGAACUGGCUCAUAUCAUGGAUCGUAUGUAUGGAAGUGUAGCAUGUGCUGGCAUUGAUACCGAUGUCGAAUAUAAAUAUCCUAAAGGUGCCGGAAGAGUGGCGUUCACCAACUAUAACUCCUAUAUUAAAGCGAUUAAAGAUCGAUACGUUCAGCUGACUCAUGGUGAAAUCGAUAAAAUGGUGGAGAUAAAACCGUACGUGUUGGACGAUCAGUUAUGUGACGAAUGCAUUGAUGAAAAAAAUGGCGGGAAGCACGCACCAUUCUUCUGUCCUCAUCUCGAGUGUCUGCAGUACUACUGUGAGCCUUGCUGGACAGCGAUGCAUAGCUCUCCUUCACGAGAACAUCAUAGGCCUCUCAUAAAAGACGCAUAA